UUGGCUGAAUAGUGGGGUUUAUAGCCCCAUGGGCUUUGUACCUUUCAAAAUAUUGUUCUGCAGAUACUGUCCGGGAAAGGAGUGGCUUUACUCUUUGGUUGAUUGAUUGCUUGCUGCCAACAAGAGCGGUGAAAUGGGUCAUGGGGGUGUGACAGUACUAGACAGAUAGAUGGGACUGUGGAAGUUGACACAUAAAUAAUGUGGCACUUGAUGUGUAUAUAAACUGGACUUUUGUGCCAAACCUUUGUUCAGGGGUGGGUGCAGCAGCUAGCAGAGGCCAUGGGGGACUUCAAGCAUUUGGUGAUUGUAAAGUUCAAGGAAGAUGUCGCGGUGGAGGAGAUUUUGAAAGGGAUGGAGAAGUUGGUUUCUGAUAUCGAUGCUGUCAAGUCCUUUGAAUGGGGGCAGGACAUCGAAAGCCAAGAGAUUCUUAGACAAGGCUUCACUCAUGCGUUCUUGAUGACAUUUCACAAGAAGGAAGACUUCACUGCAUUUCUGGGUCAUCCUAAUCAUGUCGAAUUCUCUGCAACAUUUUCAGCAGCUAUUGAGAAAAUUGUGCUUCUUGAUUUCCCAGCUGUUCUUGCCAAGGGACCAGCAUGAUCUAGAAAAACUGAAAAACCUUUAAAACAAUUAAAAAAAAAAAAAAGAA